AUGUUGCCCAAUCUUGUCUUUGCCAACAUUGCCCUAGUACUACCAGAAAAAGAGUUACAGUGCCAGAUUGAGUCAUCCCUGGAUCAGGAUGAAUCUCUGGGAGAAAUUCUCCAGUUCCUCCAAAACAAGUCAAAGGCCCCUCCAUCAAUCAAACGUGCAUUCAAGGACUAUGAAAUGGAAGCCAGCUUGUUAUUCUACCAAGGCUGCAUUGUAGUCCCAGAUGACAUCCCAGCAGGCAAAGGACCCUUGAACUUGUUUCACGCAAUUAUUACUGGCCUGGUAUCCGUGCCAACAUACUGGCAUGUCAAUUCCUGUGAAACCUGCCAGCAAAUAAGGAAGCCCAAGUAUGCCUCAAUUCCCCUGCAACCAUUGGAACUCCCCACAUGUCCUUGGGAGCAUAUUUCAUACAACAUGAUUGUGGAUCCUCCCAAGGAUGGUAACUACAACUCCAUCUUUUUUGUGGAUAGUUUCACCAAAUAUGUAAUCCUGGUGGAAUGCUCCAAAAAACUCAAGGCGCCAGAAUUGGCCAACUUAUUCCUACACCACGUAUGGAAGAAGUAUGGCAUGCCAGAGAAGACUGUAUCAGACCAUGGAUGUGUGUUCAACAACAAAUUCCUGAGAGCUCUGUACCAACGCCUGGGAAUAGAUCCCCAUUCCUCCUCCACUUACCACCCUCAGAGCAACGGACAAACAGAACAUGUCAAACCAUCCGUUGAACACUUCCUGAGGGCAUACUCUGGCAUUAACCAGAGGGACUGGGUCAAAUGGCUCCCCAUGGCGGAAUUUGCUUAUAACACGCUGUCCACAACGCUACCAGCAAGACCCCCUUCAGGGCACUAA